AUGAUUAUGGGUUAUCAAAUCUCGGACGAAUUGCUGGGUACGUUUGUUCCGAUUGUGGUGUAUUGGGGUUAUUCAGGGAUAUAUUGCCUCUUGGAAUGGCUCGAGGAUUAUAGGUUGCACUCGAAGCAGGACGAGGACGAGAAGAAUUUGGUCUCCAAAUGGACUGUCGUCAAAGGCGUCCUCUGUCAGCAAACUGUUCAAGCACUUGUUGCUACCCUCUUGUUUGCGGUUAUGGGAAGCGAUGAUGAAACAGCCGGAUCCGGCCAGGGUUAUUCUCUAACAGUAUUGGCUGUGCAGUUCAUCACAGCAAUGGUGAUCCUAGACACUUGGCAGUAUUUCAUGCACAGAUUCAUGCAUCAAAACAAGUUCCUCUACAAACACAUCCAUUCCCAGCACCACCGUCUAGUAGUUCCAUACGCUUAUGGAGCUCUGUACAAUCACCCGGUGGAGGGUCUGCUACUCGACACCGUUGGUGGGGCCCUGUCAUUCUUGCUCUCCGGCAUGUCACCCCGAGCCUCCAUUUUCUUCUUCUCGUUUGCCACCAUCAAAACGGUGGAUGACCACUGUGGGUUGUGGCUACCUGGGAACCCCUUCCACUUGUUCUUCAAGAACAACACUGCUUAUCAUGACAUCCACCAUCAACUGUAUGGAAGCAAGUACAACUUCUCUCAGCCGUUCUUUGUAACGUGGGACCGAAUUCUGGGAACCUAUAUGCCGUAUUCGCUUGAAAAGAGACGAGGUGGGGGAUUUGAAGCGCGGCCUGCUAAAGAGUUCAAGGAUGAUUGA